AUGGCUUUAUUAGACAACUGUAUUCAACAAUGUGUUGAUUUCCUAUCACCCAUCUUUAAACUAAUUGCGGAAAAUGCAACAGAUGUUAUAGAUUCAGCGCUGAAUGCAGAUUCUUUUGAAUCCGAACUGUUAGAAUUCAAUUGGGAACCCUUGUUGAAGUCCAAGAUAGAAAAUUCUGAUUUCUUAAUUGAUCUAGUUUUGAAAAGACUCGUUACCGAUCUCCUGAGUAAUGAAGAUGUCCACGAUGAUUUUUUACUGCAUAUCAAGAGAUGUGCAGUUGUACUAGAUUUUUGUUUCCACUCCAAACAGUAUAGGGAAAAACCUACAUCAUGGAUUGUUGUCUAUUUUGAAUUGUUCUCCACAGUGUUUGAUAUGCUCAAUUGGCCGAAUGCAACUUUAAAAUUUUGGCCAUAUGUGGAAUCCAGAAUGGAUUGGUUUAAAAUGGGGAGCAGCUUAGAACCAUUACCGUUUGGAUCUACCAAUAUGAUAAGUUACAAACAACCUCUUUACGAUAAGCUACGUCAUUGGAAUGAUCUUUUGAAAAUGGUCCAAAAUAAUUCAUCUUUGAAUACUCCACUAGACAAUAUUAUGAGUUAUAAAUUGACUAAAUUCCUUUCUGAAUUACUACCGUUACAUGAAGAAUCCAAUUUUAACAGAUCAGCACUGAUAUCCACUAGGCAAGGUUCCGGUAACCCUUGGAAUAAGACAAUAUCUAGUGCGACUAAAAGAGAUAAUUCUUCUGAAAAUGUGUUUGCCACAGACUACAACUACGUAUUUGACAAUUUGUUGACAUGCCCCCUAGAGUUUGCAUUCCGCCCCACUGAGCAUAAGAUGGAUUUGGACAAAGUAUUGAGUAAUUUAUUAGACAGCAUUUUCGAGACCGAAGAAGACUUCUACCGAAGAAUUAAAAAUUCCCACAAAAAGCUUGUUGAUAUUAAUGAAAAGUUGAAUUAUCAAUAUCCUUGUGAAUAUGAACAUAUGCCUGGCGAUCAACCUAGUUAUCUGAAAAAUUCUUCCAGGCUAAUAGGAGAGAGGGAAGCUUUUUGGCACAAAUUUUGUUCCUUGAAGGCCUCUAGUGUUGACAUGGUUCAACCAACACUUUUAGAUGUUUCUACCGCAAACCCGGAUACCCUUUAUCUUCAAAUGAUGGAAACAGAUAACGAUUUUUACAGGAAGCAAUUUUUAUUGCAGCUUUAUUUCACCGUCAAUAUGGUCCGUCAAAUUGUAACAUUACCUGAAGUCGAGAAAUUUUACAAAUUAUGUUAUCAGAAGGAAAAACCUUCCAGAAGCAUAAAUUUUGAUAACCUUGAUGAACCUAAUCGGAGAAAAACUUCGGCGCUUUGUAACCAUAUUCUGGACAACCGUAUAAGCAAGUUUUAUCGUCAUCGUGAUCCUCCAUUAGCCUCAUUGAUUCAACGAUUGGCUACCAAGGAUAAAAUUUUCCUCGAGGCUAAGGCAGAUGGCUUUAAAGUGUUUCAAAAUUUUCAAGUUUUCGAGCAUUCAUUAGAGCCGCUGACUUUCAACUACUCAUUCAAAAAAUUUGGUUUCGUUGAAAUGGGGAAUAAACUCGUAAACAAUGUGUGGAAGAUUAACACAGGAUUAGAGAACAUUAAAAGACCGCAAGAAAGUGUUAAAGAACUGUACGAUUCACUCCAUGAAAAGUUCAAUUCUGGUGAACCUGUAACACCUACCGCUGAAUAUGAUGAUAAAGUGAUAAAGGAAUGGCAAUACUUAAGAUCUUUGAGAUCGCAGUAUUUAUUCGAAUUUAACAAGGUCGACGAGAAUGUUGGUAUCAACGGUCUAUUCAAUCCUUCUUUGAUGGAAUCACAGAGGGAUAAAAAAAGGGAAUUGUUCCAAAGCAUCUUACAGGAGACUAAACAACCACAUAUAUCCAAACUAGAAGAGGCUAGAAACUAUAUCGCUGAAAAGCAAAGGAGAAAGAGAGCUCACGAAGAAGAAUUGGAAGAGAAUUCACGCAAAAAGGCAAAGGUUAAUAUCGAGAAUGUUGAGAAGCCAGUUACCAAUUCCGAACAAGUAGACGAGUCAAUUGAAUCAAAAUCUAUUGACACAGAGACCAAAACAGCACCUGUGGAGACUUCUGAAGAAAAAUCUACAGAAUCAGUUGCUGCCUCAGGAAACGCAGAUAAAACGAAGGAACCUGAAGGGGAACAUAAAGACCAGGAGCAGGGUCAAGCUCAAACACAAGAUCAAGAUCAGGAAGAAUUCAGGAGACCAGAACCACUUAAGGAUAAUUCUGAGAGGAACGCUGAGGAGCCUUCUGGGCAGGAACCUGAUGCUCCAGUUCAGAUACAGCCAACAACAGCUGAGACAGAUAAGCAAGAGGGAGAAGACACAAAGGGAGGUUCCCAAAAUGAGACACAGGCAGCUCCAGUGGAUGGAAGUGAUCCAGCAACACAGAUGCCUGAUAGUAGGCCUUCAGCACCCUCCCAACCGGAGAACGAAAACGCUUAA